AUGCGGCUCGCACUACUCCUUAUUUGUCACGCAUACUGCCUGCGACCCGUCGCGAGGCCACACUCUCGCGUCGACAGGCGACCGAGCGAUGGACUGACGCCCGACGAGGUCGCCGAGCUCCUCAGCUUCCCGCCGGGCUGGCGGAGCCGCGUCGCGCUCAAAGUCGACGCGCCGCCCGCCCGCGAGGCCGUCACCAGGGCCUUCUAUGCGGAUCUACGGAAGCGGGCCGACGAACUAGGAGGCGCGAAGAAGUACCGCGUCGACGCGCCGCGGGGCUUCUUGAAUGUCCACUCCGAGCCGGACGACCCCUUCCGCCUGGACAACGUCGUCGAGCAGCUCGACCACGGCACCGUCGUGACGGCCGUCGAGGAGCGCGACGGCUGGGUCCGCCACGACAUGGGCGGCUGGUCGAUCCGCGAACACGGCGGCCACGCGUUCCUCGUGCCGCUCGACGACGACGCCUCCGGCGCGUAG